UUAAAAGUAUUCAUAUUCUUGACUUCUCUAACGUUUAAAACAGUUUUUAGUGAUAAAUUGGUUGAUUAUUAUUUUUAAGUUAGUUUAAAUAUUAUAAUAUUACGAAUAAAGCAAUGCAAUCAUUUUUGUUUAAAACGAUAUGCUGUAUACUGAUUAUCAACGCUACAUUUUGUAGCGGUUGCUAUAGGUCGAUAUGUAAAGCUCGUUGUUAUUUUAAGAAUAAUGGAUUCGACUUCGGUUAUUGUGAAGAAGGAAUUUGCAAGUGCGCACCACCGGUAAUUUACGUUUUUGAUGGUAUUGGUCGUGAUUUGAGCGACGAAUAUAUAGAUAAUUCAUUGGACAAUAAUGAUGUUAUCCAAAAUUUGAUACAAAAAUCAAGUACUUCAGCAUCAAAUAUUUCGGAUAAAAAUAAGAUUUGGAAAGAUAUUCUUGGCAAAAUUAUCUAUAAAAAUCCGUUUAUUAAAGAAGAAACCCUUAAGGAUCUAAAAGCAAAAAUAUUUAAUGAUUUAUCACACUUAAAUAACUUUUCUAUAGAUCUUCAAAAUUCAUUAGAAACAGUGUUAGAUGAAAUGAAAAAGAAAAUGCCAAGUGUUUCUAAAGAAUGUAAUGAUAUUUUAAAUCUUUUACCGCAACAGCAAAAGAAAAAUGAUGCCGAAAAUUUAAACUCUGAAGGUGGCCCUAUGAUUAACGAAGCUCAAAAUCCACCAUUGCUACAAGCUACUAUGCCAUCGUCACAGGCUGCACAGGCACCACCGCAAAUAGUACCAUCACCAUUAGCGACACCUAAGAAAGUGAACAAAUUAUCUGAAUCUUUGCCUCGAAGUGUAGUACCUAAUAGAAAUGGUAUUGCUAACACAUUACCAUCAACUACAAAAACAGGUGCUAAUCCUGAUAACCAAAAAAGUAGUAAUCCAAACAGUAAAAGUCCGCAAUCAAAAUCUAAAACUAAUCAAAAUACAAAUGAACAAGAUAAGUUAAAUUCUGAAAUUCUCCUUGAGGUAUCAGAAGAAACUGUGGAAUAUGAGGAUAGUGAAGAACAAACUGACGAAAAUAUUAAAAAAAACAACUCUGAAAAACCUCAAACUCCGGAUAAUAAUAAAACUGGUGGAAAACUUCCUCCUGUCAAAAAAGAACACAGUGAUAAUGAUGAUUCAUACGAAUACGAAUCAGGAUCUGGAUCUGGAUCAUACGAGACGGUAGAAGAAAAGGAUGAACCUGUGGCGGCUUAUGCAGCAGUAGGUACCUCAAACAAAUGAUUAAAUACUGUCUACACGUUAAAUUACAAAAACAGAUUAAGUAACUUUUAAAUUAAAAGUAUUUGAAUAAAAACUUUUAUUGUUGCUUAUUAUAUAGAUUAACGUAUUUUAUACAUGUAUAACAAUUACAUAACAAUUUAUGUCUCAUAUUAUAAAUUUAUAUAUAUUAUAUUUUA